AUGUCCAAUUCAAAUGUCCUCACUCUUCGUGAGGAGUCUUCCGAUCUCAAUACGCAGUUGGAGCAGCGGCGUAGCCAGGUACGGAAUUUGGAACUGCAAGUGCUGCGGAAGGAAGCCGAACUUCGUCGUAUAAAGGAAGAACAGCUACUUCUAAAAGAACUUCACUCAGUGAAUGAGCUAACACUUCGAAAAAGACAAGAACAAGAAAAUAUGGAGUCGAACCAACGACUUAAAAUUUCACAAGAAUCUUUGGAAGAGGUAAUUGCUCUUGAAAAUGAAAUAAAAAACGAAAACAAACGUACUGCAGAACUACAAGAAAUGGCAAACACAACAUCACGUCAAAUGGAAGAAGUGGAAAAAGGUAUUGAAGACAUAAGUAAUCGUUUGGCAUUGGUAAAACAAGCAACGGGAUGGGAUAAACCUGGAAUCAACAGUAAUGACGGAUCGCUCCUCACCAAUGAAUGGAUGAUGCGAAAGAAAAACUUAACUGCAUUACAUGAAGAACAACAGACUGUUAAGGGGUUAACGACAUUACUAGAUGAGCGAAUUGAAACUCUUACAAAGGAACUCGAAAUGCAAGGGAAAAAAGCAGAAGAACUUGAUGCUGCUCAAGAAACUCUCCGCCAAAAAAAUGCUCAUUAUGAAAACCUUUUGGAUCAAUUAAAGUCUAUGGAGCGCCUUACAAAGAAGAAGGAACGUCUCCUGGAUGCUUCCCAUAACAGAGAAAACGAUGACUACAAGACACUCAAACUUUUGGAAGGAGAUAAAAAGGUUUUGUAUGGUACUCUUUCCAAGUUUCGUCAAACCAAUGUGGCUAAUACCAGAUCUAUUAUUUCUCUUGAAGUGCGUCUCAGAGAGUUGGAGACCAAACUGGAAGCUGUAAAUCUUUUCUUGCAACAGGUAUUUGCCGAUGUGGAAGAAGAAGCACCCAUGGAAAAUGUCCCUGAAAAUGCUGUGGAGGUUCCUUUGAAGCAAUUUGAGGAGCUUUGCCAUGAACUUGAACUCUCUCGAGAAACAUUGAUCCAGCGUGACGAUCAACUCAGCGCCCACGACGCAAAGGUUGAGCAACUGGAGCAAAAAACAACAAUUCUUCGGAACGCUAUUGCAUCUCGUGCCACAUCUGCUCAGCUGCAAGUGAAGAGUAAGGAGAAAGAAUUUGAAACUUUGAUGUCUCACGUCGAUUACAUGAAAGCUGAGUUUGAUGAAGAAUACGCGAAGCUAUCAAAGGAGAACAAUUUGUUGCGCUCCAAGCUCAAUCAAAUUUAG